CAUGCAUCUCAUCCUUCAAUCUUGCAAAGCUCAAGAUGGCUAGAACCAGGUUUGUAGCUCUUAGCUUCAUCGUGCUACUGAGCAUUGGACUGUCCAAUGCGGCAAGGGUAGCGAGAUAUGCUAGUGCCGGGGGCGGCGGUGGUGGAGGGGGAGGUGGUGGUGGAUCGGGGAACGGUUCUGGGUGGGGAUCUGGCUCUGGCUCGGGGUAUGGCCAGUCAAGCGGAUCCGGAGGAGCAUAUGCUAGUGGGGGUGGUGGGGGUGGAGGUGGUGGAGGCGGACAAAAUGGUGGUUCUGGAUAUGGUUCCGGUUCCGGUUCUGGGUACGGCCAAGCAGGGGGAUAUGGACCUUAUGGUGGUGGAGCAUAUGCUCAAGGAGAAGGUGGUGGUGGAGGUGGCGGCGGUGGACAAAACGGUGGGUCUGGGUAUGGUUCUGGUUUCGGUUCUGGCUAUGGUCAGGCCGGUGGAUAUGGUCCUUAUGGUGGUAACGCAUAUGCUCAAGGAGGUGGCCAAGGUGGAGGCGGUGGGGGUGGACAAAAUGGUGGUUCCGGAUCUGGUUCCGGUUCCGGUUCUGGCUAUGGUCAAGCUGGGGGAUAUGGUCCUUACUAUGGUCCUUACGGUGGUAGUGGUGCAUAUGCUCAAGGUGGAGGCCAAGGUGGAGGUGGUGGCGGUGGACAAAAUGGUGGAUCUGGUCAGGGCUCGGGGUCUGGUUCUGGAUAUGGUCAAGCUGGUGGAUAUGGGCCCUACUAUGGCGGAUAUUGGCCUUACGGUGGUGGAUAUGCUCAGGCAGGUGGUCAAGGUGGUGGUGGCGGUGGUGGGCAAAGCGUUCCAGGCGGUAGUGGUUCUGGGAGUGGCUCAGGAAGCGGUUCUGGAUCCGCCGGUGUGCGCUACCCAUAGAACCUUCAUCGGAACUAAUGCCCAUAAUGCCUACAAAAAUGCUACUGAAAAUGCAAAUGUGUUAUGUAUUUAAGUAAUAAAGGCCUUACCAAGGCUAUCUGUAAUAAAAGUAGCUACUUGCAUUGCAUGCUACUACUACCAAUGUAUGUGUGUUUGUGUAACCAAUUAGUAUUUUAUUGUUUGUUUUCUCAAGAAUA